UCUAAUAUUCUCUCGGUCAACUGUAUUUUAUUUCUAAUUUUUUAAAUUAAUCUCCUUCUCUCCUAAGUUUCAUAGAUGCUAUCAUAUACAGUCCUUUCAAGCUUCCUUUCACUUUCCUAACAGAGCUUUCAGCUUUUAAAACAGAGGGUUUUUUCUACUCUUGAUAUCUGAUUGUUGGGUGUUCUUUGAAACCUGAAAAAAGUAUUAUUUUGAUCGACUCAAAUUACCGAUAGUCAAUAAAGUGAUUUCCGGUUCCGCUUUGAUUGAUACAAACUAUGAGUAGUCUCAAGUUGGGGGUGGAGGUGGUGGGGGCGCAUGACCUGUUAGCCAAAGAUGGACAGGGAUCAUUCUGUCCCUUUGUGGAGCUCGAGUUUGAUGGCCAGAGAUGCCGGACCACUACUAAAGAGAAAGAUCUCAGUCCGGUAUGGAACGAGAGUUUCUAUUUCAACGUAUCGGAUCCAAACAAGUUGUCCAGCCUCCCACUUGAAGCUUUUGUUUACAACCAUAACAAAGCAAACAACGCGAAGACUUGUCUUGGGAAGGUUCGACUCACUGCACCAUCGUUCGUGAAUUACUCUGAUGCGGUUGUUUUGCACUACCCUCUUGAGAAACGAAGCAUUCUCUCCCGUGCGAAAGGAGAGCUUGGUUUGAAAGUGUUUGUUACUGAUGAUCCUUCGAUAAAACCCUCGAAUCCACUUCCAGCCAUGGAUCCGGAUGUAGUCCCGAAGUCAAUUCCCAAAGAGAAAAAUGGUAAAAGACACACAUUUUUUCAUCUUCCAAAUGCAAAGCAGCCACAACAGCAGCAGCAAAAAGUUACCCCAGCACCACCCCAACAACAAAUGAAUUAUGGAGUACAUGAGAUGAAAUCCGGACCACAGGCAUCGAAAGUUGUCAACAUGUUCCCGGGUUCAUCAUCUCAACCAUUUGAUUAUGCUCUUAAAGAGACAAGUCCAUUUCUUGGAGGAGGACGAAUUGUUGGAGGCCGAGUCAUACGAGGAGACAGACCAACCAGCACCUAUGACCUUGUUGAGCAGAUGAGAUUCCUUUUCGUACGAGUGGUGAAAGCCCGAGAUCUUCCUUCAAAAGAUGCGACAGGCAGCCUCGAUCCGUAUGUUGAAGUGAAAGUAGGAAACUACAAAGGAAUCACGAAGCAUUAUGAAAAGAAACAAAAUCCAGAAUGGAAUCAGGUGUUUGCCUUUUCAAGGGAAACAGUGCAGUCAUCUGUGCUAGAAGUUGUUGUGAAGGAUAAGGCUUUAGUGAAAGAUGACUCUGUUGGGUUUGUGCGCAUUGAUCUCCACGAGGUUCCUACAAGGGUUCCACCUGAUAGUCCGUUGGCUGCGGAAUGGUAUCGGUUAGAAGAUAAGAAAGGAGAGAAAAAGAAAGGAGAACUGAUGCUUGCAGUUUGGUAUGGCACACAGGCUGAUGAGGCUUUUCCCGAUGCUUGGCAUUCGGAUGCUAUUGCUCCAGGUGAUAGCACUUCAGUUUCCCUGACAUAUAUCCGCUCAAAAGUUUAUCACUCUCCGAGACUGUGGUAUGUCCGUGUCAAUGUUAUCGAGGCUCAAGACCUUGUUCCAGCUGACAAGAGCAGGUUUCCUGAUGCAUAUGUUAAGGUUCAGAUUGGUAACCAGAUCUUAAAGACAAAAUCAGUCCAAACUCGAAAUAUGAAUCCAAUCUGGAACGAAGAGUUUAUGUUUGUUGCUGCCGAACCCUUUGAAGAUCAUCUGACUUUUACAGUUGAAGAUCAUGCAGGUCCUAAUAAGGAUGAGACCAUUGGAAGGACUGUAAUAGCAUUGAACUCCAUUGAUAGGCGUGCUGAUGAUCGCUUUGUCCGUACCCGGUGGUACAACCUGGAGAAAUCUUUAUCCGAUGCCAUGGACAGUGAUCGUGCAAAGAAGGAUAAAUUUCAUAGUAGGCUCCAUGUUCGUCUUUGUCUUGAUGGAGGAUACCAUGUUCUCGAUGAAUCAACUCAGUAUAGCAGUGAUCUCCGGCCAACAGCAAAGCAGCUCUGGAAAUCGUCAAUUGGUGUUUUAGAACUCGGAAUUUUGAAUGCCGACGGGCUCCAGCCAAUGAAAACUAGAGACGGAAAAGGUGCAUCUGAUACAUAUUGUGUUGCUAAGUAUGGCCAUAAAUGGGUUCGAACUCGAACCAUAGUAAAUAGCUUGAAUCCGAAAUAUAAUGAGCAGUACACCUGGGAAGUUUAUGAUACAGCCACGGUUCUCACGGUGGGGGUCUUUGAUAACUCUCAGAUUGGAGGUUCCGAUAAUACCAGAGAUAACAAAAUCGGAAAGGUACGGAUUCGCAUAUCUACACUGGAAACUGGUCGUGUUUACACACACUGUUACCCGCUGCUGGUUCUUCACCCUUCUGGUGUCAAGAAAUUGGGUGAACUCCACUUAGCAAUACGAUUUUCAUCGACAUCGAUGGUUAAUAUGAUGUCUCAGUACUCGCGUCCUCUUCUGCCAAAGAUGCACUACAAAAGGCCGUUGAGCGUGAUACAGCAAGACAUUCUGCGACAUCAGGCCGUGAAUAUCGUGGCAGCUCGGCUUGGUCGGGCUGAACCUCCUCUCAGGAGAGAAGUAGUCGAAUAUAUGUCCGAUGCAAAUGCUCACCUUUGGAGCAUGAGGCGCAGCAAGGCAAACUUUUUGCGACUGACAUCAGUCUUCUCGGGGUUAUUUUCGGCUGGAAAAUGGUUCGGUGAAGUUUGCACGUGGAAGAAACCUAUUACAACAGUGCUGGUUCAUAUCCUAUUCGCAAUGCUAGUUUGUUUCCCAGAGCUGAUUUUACCAACGGUUUUCUUAUACAUGUUCCUUACAGGGGUUUGGAACUAUCGUUAUCGACCUAGGUACCCUCCUCAUAUGAACACUAGUCUUUCUUGUGCCGAUGCAGUUUCUCCUGAUGAGCUAGAUGAAGAAUUUGAGUCCUUUCCUGCAUCGAAAAGCUCAGAUAUAGUUCGGAUGAGGUAUGAUCGUUUGAGGAGUGUUGCAGGGCGAAUUCAGACUGUUGUUGGUGACAUAGCUACACAAGGCGAGCGGCUUCAGGCACUCCUAAGCUGGCGGGAUCCUCGUGCCACAACAAUAUUUGUGUUAUUAUGUCUGGUGGCUGCCAUUGUUUUGUAUGUCACACCUUUUCAGAUGAUUGCUCUUCUUGCUGGGUUUUAUGUUAUGAGGCAUCCCAGGUUUCGCCACAAGACACCUUCGGCACCGAUCAAUUUCUUCCGUCGUCUGCCUGCAAGGACAGAUAGUAUGCUGUAAAUAGGUUGUGGGGUUUUCUGGGAACUGUGGACUUAACUUCGGGUUGUAAAAACAUCGAUUGCAGCUGUUGCCUGACAUGUUUUGGUGAAUGUAAGUACUACUUUAUCUUUAUGCAUCCAAUGUUAGCCGAUAUAAAAUCCCUAGUUUGGCUACUGUAUGCAAGGAAAUGCAACCAUAUUUGUUACAAUGAUGACCUGUUUAUGAGUUCUGCACUA